CCCUCAACAACUGCGUUGACACUUCCGGGAUUUUGUUUGAGCGAAUACGGUGUUUCUGUGCUCAUCAACAUGGUCAAGGAAGGACUAAGACGCUACAAACUCUGAAUAUUGUUUGUAUGAAUAGUUAUAUGUCGAGGUGCCGACACAGUGAAUGAUCGAUAUGGUGAUUUAUUUAGCAGAAUGGGACUGGACAUCCUAGCGCUAGCGAGCGAGCGCGAGAGGUGCUGUCUGUUGUGAAGGGAAUUUAGCUUUCUAACUAACCAGAUAAUUCCUUACAAGACUAAUAAGGAUGGUCGGUGACUCGCUGUGAAUAGGUAAAGUGUGUACUACAAAAGAGGGAAGCAUGGGGUGUUCAGGCCAAAAGGUCCUCUCUCAUCUGUCGAGCAUGCACGUGUUGCUGAGUUUUGCACUUGCGAUGCGUCUGCUGCUGGUCGGGUUCGGGAUUUAUCAGGACAGAACCAUGAUCGUGAAAUACACAGAUAUUGAUUACCAUGUGUUUACAGAUGCGGCGAGAUACCUCACUCAGGGUGAGUCUCCAUACAACAGGUCCACGUACCGCUACACUCCCCUCCUAGCCUGGAUGCUAACCCCCAACAUCUACCUGAGCUUGGUCUUCGGGAAGCUGCUGUUCGUGGCGUGUGACGUGCUGACAGGCCUGCUCAUCCAGCGGCUGCUUCUGCUGCGCGGGCUCGCGGCGCGGCCGGCCAGCCUCUACAGCGCCCUCUGGCUGCUGAACCCGCUCCCUGCGGGCGUGUCGACGCGCGGGAACGCAGAGUCCUUGCUGUCGGCGCUGGUGCUGGGAACCCUGCUGUGUCUGGAGCGGAGGCGGCUCGUGAGCGCCGCCCUGCUGUUCGGACUGGCCGUGCACAUGAAGAUCUACCCGGUGACGUACGCGCUGCCCAUCGCCCUCUCGCUGCUGACCAGGGGGCCGCGAGCCGGGCCGUCCGGCGGGAAGAGGAGCGGAACUCUCGGGCCGUCCGGCGGGAAGAGGAGCGGAACUCUCCGGGCGCUUGUCCGCAGGCUGUUGAACAGAGACCUGCUGAUGUUCGGCUCCGUCUCUGGAGGGCUCUUCUGUGGACUCACUCUGGUGUUCUACCGCAUGUACGGCUGGGAGUUCCUGCACGAGACCUACCUGUACCACCUGACGCGGCGCGACAUCCGGCACAACUUCUCUCCGUACUCGUACCUGCUGUACCUGGCGGGGGAGAGCGGCGGGAGCCGGGCGCUGGGCGUGGCGCUCUUCCUGCCGCAGGCCGGCCUGCUGCUGCUGACCUCGCUGGCCUUCCACGCUGACCUGCCCCUCUGCUGCUUCCUCAACACCGCCGUCUUCGUCUCCUUCAACAAAGUCUGCACCUCGCAGUACUUCCUGUGGUACCUGUGUCUGUUGCCGCUGGUUAUUCCCCACCUCACUUUGUCUGUCAAGAAAGGAGUUGGGAUGCUGGCCCUCUGGUUUUCUGGACAGGCCCUCUGGCUGGCUCCAGCGUACUUCCUGGAGUUUGAGGGCCGCGACACGUUCCUCCUCAUCUGGCUCGCUGGGCUUCUCUUCCUCAUCAUCAACACGUACAUAAUGGUCACCAUCGUCUCCCAUUACGGGCCACUGGCCAUCAAGAAGAGGCCCAAAACGGACUGAGUGCAGAAAAGUCAGAGAAAAAGAUGUUUGAUGGGAGUUGUCACUCUAUAGAGAAACAGACGUUUGGUUGUGCGUUGGUGUUCCGUUGUGGGCCUGUGCUGUUUCUGUAGCUCCGCGGAUCUAAAAGUGGAGUGGUUUACACAUUUGGCUGCAAACAACUGGGUCAUGCCCUCGAUGACCCUGAUGGUGCAGUACAAGGAAUAACCAGUAGAUGGCGCGUUGUCCACAUGAGUGAGGCUGUUCAUGCCCUUGUACCAUGUGGUGCACUGAAGGAUGCCCAGGAUGUAAACAAUAACAUGGCGGAGAGAGAAGACAACAAGCAGCAGUGGGCUCAGAACUCGUCUCGUUUUCUCUCUGGGCUUUCUGGUGCACUUCUCUGUGCAUGGACAAUACGCUGUACUGUAUAAAUAAAAACACAUCAAUAAAUACUUACCUACAUUGGGCCGGUGUACACAUGGACAAUACGCUGUACUGUAUAAAUAAAAACACAUCAAUAAAUACUUACCUACAUUGGGCCGGUGUACACAUGGACAAUACGCUGUACUGUAUAAAUAAAAACACAUCAAUAAAUACUUACCUACAUUGGGCCGGUGUACACAUGGACAAUACGCUGUACUGUAUAAAUAAAAACACAUCAAUAAAUACUUACCUACAUUGGGCCGGUGUACACAUG